CGCGCGCCCCGUCCACUUUUGACACCCACUUGCCCCCAAGUCUCCCGUCCUCCCGCUAAUGUCAAGUUUAUAUUGCUCAUGGAGAGUAAGAGCGCCCAGACAUACGAGGCGCUUCAGGCCUUCAUACAAUCGCAGAAAACCCUCCUCGCACGUACCCAAUCGGAUAUCCAGCGCCUCAGGGGGUUAAGAGCGGACGCCAACGCGGCGAACUCGAAUUCGGAACUCGAGGGAUUUGUUGAGAACCUCGAUGACAAAUUGUGCGAAGGCGAAGGUGUACUUGAACUCAGCGAACAAUUGAAUGUCGCUGAUACUAUUACGAAGGACAUUGACUGGCCCCUCUUCAAAACGUUUGAUCCGACGCCUCUACAUACCCUCACCACAACUCUCAACGCUGCACACGCCGCCCAUUCCUCACAACCCCUUUUCCCGCCCUCCGACUUCGACUCGGACGUCACGUCACACCUCCAACCCAACCGCUUCCCACUCUCACCCCUCCAACUAUUCGUCCGCGAAGCGCGCGUGAAGAUCCUCGACCCCGUACUUAACUCCCCGCUUCUCCUCUCCGCCCUCCAACAGUCUCCCUCCGACGACGAGUCCUCUUCGUCCCUCUCUUCCUCUUCCUCCGACGAAGACGAGGACGUAGACGAGGAAGCACGUGAACGCAGAAGGGCUGAGCGCGCCGAACGUCGUCGUAUAAGAGAAGAACGACGAACGAAAGAACAAGAGAGGGCUAAGAUUCGAGAGUUGAGGAAGAGGAGGAUAGGGGAGGGAGGUUUGACAUUGCCGAAGGCUAGUAGGCUUGGAGCGGCUGGCAGACAGGGAGGAGAGGAGAGUGGAGUGUUUGUGAGGCGAGAUUUAGAGGACGAGAGUGCGGAGGUAGAUAUCUCCAUGAAUGGUCUGGCUGUAAGUGGAGGGUCUGGGAGUGGUGUGGCGUCUUCAUCUAGUAAGGGCGUAGCGGUGGCUUCGAACAUCACGAAAGGUUCCAGGACGAGCGGAAGAAGAGUUACGCUGAAAGUAAAGCAGGAAACAUCGCCAGCCUCAGUCCCCUCGAAGUCGAAAUUUAAAUCGAGCACGACAUCAAAACGGCGGCCUUCAUCUCCUUUACCACAGCACGAUACCCGUCCUUCAAAACGAUCCAAAGUGAAGGCGUCCACCACUAUUAUUUCCUCUUUGUCUAUGUCUGCACCAACGCCCACCUCCGCUCUCGGUGACUCUGAUGCUUCGGAUGGGGAGGUCGAACAAGAUGAUGAUGGAGACGAGAUGAUGGUGGCGGGUAGCGAAAAGAGCAAGACGAAGAACGGUAAACCGCGGAAUGAGACGUAUAAACAAGCGUGGAGUGUCGAGGAGCAGCAUCUCUUAGAGAGAUUGUUACAGGAGAUCCCGGACGGGGAGAAGAAUCGUUGGUCCAAAAUCUCAAAAGCAAUGAAUGGGAGACGGACGCCAAGACAGGUGGCCAGUCGCGUGCAGAAGUAUUUCGAGAAGUUAAAGAGGUUCGGUGUGGAUCUAAAGGCGAACGGCGCGGGGACAGCAUUGGUCCCCAUGGAUUGAUCUCAUUUGCUCGAUUCUU